GUCCCUUCCAACUCUAUGAUUGUAUGAACAGGAUUCUACGUUAGCUGGACCGUUGGCCUGAUCCAGCAGCUCUCUUCUUAUGUUAUAAUGUUCUAUACCAUUGCAUAUGCUAAGCAUCAGCCUGAGGGGAUGACGUUUCACUUACUAAGCAGAGCUAAUCUAGGGCUAGGAAAGCUUUCUCUUGGAUACACCUUGUCUAGCAGCCACCCGCUAGACACAGAUCUAGUUCAGCUAGCAGCAAAUUCCGGUAAACAAAACUCACAAGCUGUACUGGCGCCAUGCUUUUUGGGCUCUUCAAUUUGUGGUGAAGUUAUUUCAGCUUUGGAAACUUCACCAGCUAUAGGAUGCUGGGGAUCGGUCAUGUUGGAAGAUACAACUGAGGCUGCCGCUCUCUGGAUAGAUCAACCUCCUUGGUUAUGAACAUUCAGCAUUAUAAGCCACAGGAUAGGUUGGACCUAAAGUCGAGUGCUUGUGAUGUCCAUUAUGCCUCUGUCAAAGUACUACACAGCUCAGCUCUUUGUGUUUAUAAGCAAGGCUCCUUUUGCAUCUGUUGCUGUCCAAGAUCUUAACAGCCAUGUUACUUCAUUCUGCUAUGGCAGCUCCUAAGCAUCAGUGCAUGGUUGAAAAAUACAUAUAUAUAUAUUUGCACAGCUCUUCCUUUCUCAAACUCUUUGAGAUCUGGGGGUUGUGUGGCAGACGACUGGCACUUGAGAGCCCACAGGCAAAUUAUUGCGAAGACUUGCCUAGAUGAGACGAAAAUGUCGCAGACUGGGAAAGUGCACUUUGCAAUGCUGCAGAGUGCCAAGCGGCUGGGUGGCUGGGAAGGAGUGUCCUCUAUUCCCAUGCCGUUCCCAGCAAUGUUUCUGAGCGAUACAAUGCCCAUUGAAGUGGCUUGUUUUUACUACUUUUCCCCUACUGGAAGUGUGCCAUGCUGUGGAAGAUCGUGCUGGGUUUCAGUUAAGCAAAGAAGCACCCAUAGCAACUGGUUUGUUCAGGGGUAGAACAUUUCCAAAUUGGGCCAGUAGCUAAUUGGUUCCUUUUCUCUGCUCUUGGCAGUUAGCCACCUGUUCAGCAUUAGACUAUACCAAGUGGUGGGAGGGACUCUGUGUGUGAGAGAGGGGGGGGAGAGGGGAAGGAGGAGAGAGCAAGAGGCUGGAGAUUAAUCAUUGAACCAACUACACUGAAUGGACUUGUUUAGGACUGGCUGCUCUGGGGUUUCUUAUUAACAUCUCUGCUGGCAAAUGGCCCCGGCAAGUGAGUUUUGCUGGCCUCAUAGUAUAUGAAUGAGAUCUGGAGUUAGUUGCUCACAGCCGUUCCAUCAAUACUGAGGCAUUAGAGAGAAAUGUUUGCUGUACACUUAGUGUCGUUUUAUUUCACAAAACUAAAAGAGGACCAGAUCAAAAAGGUUGAUCGGUACUUGUACCACAUGCGUCUCUCUGAUGACGUCCUCCUUGAUUUGAUGGCCCGUUUCCAGGCAGAGAUGGUGAAAGGCCUGGCGAGAGACACCAAUCCAACAGCCACACUAAAAAUGCUGCCAACUUUUGUGCGGUCCAUUCCUGAUGGCACAGAAAAGGGCGAAUUUCUUGCUUUAGACCUUGGGGGCUCCCGAUUCAGAGUCCUAAAGGUCAAAGUGUCUGAAAAUGGGAAGCAAAAUGUUCAAAUGGAGAGUCAAAUCUAUCCAACACCUAAAGAAAUCAUCCAUGGGAGUGGGACAGAUCUGUUUCAGUAUGUAGCUGACUGUCUUGCAGACUUCAUGGAGACAAAGAAUAUAAAGCAUAAGAAAUUUCCUCUUGGCUUUACCCUAUCUUUUCCUUAUAUACAGAGAAAAUUAGAGGAGGGUAUACUGAUUUCUUGGACAAAGCAUUUUAAAGCCAGAGGGGUUCAGCAGACAGAUGUGGUGAAAUCUCUCCAGAAAGCCCUCAGAAAACACCAGGACAUUGAUGUAGAUAUCUUGGCUUUGGUAAAUGACACAGUUGGAACGAUGAUGACCUGUGGAUACGAUGAUCAGCGAUGUGAAGUUGGUGUCAUUAUUGGAACAGGCACAAAUGCUUGCUACAUGGAGGAAAUGAGCAAUAUUGACUUAGUGGAAGGUGAUGAAGGAAGGAUGUGCAUUAAUACCGAAUGGGGAGCCUUUGGAGAUGACGCAUCACUGGAUGACAUCAGGACAGAGUUUGACAAGGAGAUUGAUUUGGGCUCUUUCAAUCCUGGAAAACAAUUGUUUGAGAAGAUGAUUAGUGGUUUGUAUUUAGGAGAACUCGUAAGAAUUAUCCUUCUGAAAAUGACAAGGGAAGGUUUGCUUUUCAACGGGAAGUUGUCAACAGCUCUCUGCACCAAGGGCAAGAUUGAGACAAAACACAUUGCUGCCAUGGAAAAGUACAAAGAAGGCUUGAGCAAUACUAAAGAAAUUCUGAUGGAACUGGGCCUGGCUCCAUCGGAGGAUGACUGCAUUGCUGUUCAGCACGUCUGCACUGUUGUUUCAUUUCGCUCAGCAAACCUCUGUGCUGCAGCUUUGGCAGCUAUACUCACACGCCUCCGUGAAAAUAAAAAGGUUGCAAGGCUCCGAACGACCGUGGGAGUUGAUGGGACGCUGUAUAAGAUACACCCUCAGUAUGCUAAGCGUCUCCAUAAAGUAGUCAGAAGGCUGGUGCCCAACUGUGACGUUCGAUUUCUGCUGUCCGAGAGUGGCAGUGGGAAAGGGGCUGCGAUGGUAACUGCUGUUGCGUGCAGACUCUUAUCUCAGCGCAAACAGAUCAACGAGGUCUUGAGCCUCUUCAAAAUAACCAAAGAGAACCUCAUAGGUGUGAAAAACAGAAUGAGGGCAGAACUGGAGUAUGGCCUGAAGAAAGAAACGCAUCCUGUAGCCACUGUGAAAAUGCUGCCCACAUUUGUUUAUGGAACACCAGAUGGAACAGAAAAUGGAAAAUUUCUGGCCCUUGAUCUUGGGGGAACAAAUUUCAGAGUUUUGCUUGUAAAAAUCAGAAGUGGAAGAAGCAAAUCAGUCCGAAUGUACAAUAAAAUCUUUGCCAUUCCUUUGGAAAUUAUGCAGGGAACAGGUGAAGAGCUGUUUGAUCACAUUGUCCAGUGCAUUGCAGACUUUUUGGAGUACAUGGGCAUUAAGGGUGCCCGACUUCCUCUUGGCUUUACUUUUUCCUUCCCCUGCAGACAAGCAUGUAUUGAUAAGGGAACUCUUGUUGGGUGGACAAAAGGGUUCAAGGCAACAGACUGCGAAGGAGAGGAUGUUGUUGAUAUGCUCAGGGAAGCUAUCAAACGAAGGAAUGAAUUUGAUCUGGAUAUUGUAGCAGUGGUAAAUGAUACAGUUGGGACAAUGAUGACAUGUGGCUAUGAAGACUCAAAUUGUGAAAUCGGCCUCAUUGCAGGGACAGGCAGUAAUGUUUGCUACAUGGAAGACAUGCGUAAUAUAGAAAUUGUAGAAGGAGAUGAGGGCAAAAUGUGCAUCAAUACAGAAUGGGGAGGAUUUGGCGACAAUGGCUGCAUAGAUAAUCUCAGGACAAAAUAUGACAAAGAAGUGGAUGAGGGGUCAUUGAAUCCUGGAGAACAGAGGUAUGAGAAAAUGACGAGUGGAAUGUAUCUGGGUGAAAUAGUGAGACAGAUCUUGAUAGACUUGACCAAGCAAGGACUUCUCUUCCGGGGUCAGAUUUCAGAGCGGCUGAGAACAAGAGGAAUAUUUGAAACCAAAUUCCUGUCCCAGAUUGAAAGUGACCGGCUUGUCCUACUUCAAGUAAGAAGAAUCUUGCAGCAGCUUGGGCUUGACAGCACUUGUGAUGACAGUAUCAUUGUAAAGGAAGUUUGUGGCUCCGUUUCGAAGAGAGCAGCCCAGCUGUGUGGGGCUGGGCUGGCCGCUAUAGUGGAGAAGAUACGGGACAACAGAAAACUUGAGCACUUAAAAACCACUGUAGGUGUGGAUGGCACCUUAUACAAACUACACCCACACUUUUCUAGAAUCUUGCAAGAAACGGUAAAAGAACUGGCGCCUCAAUGUGAUGUGACAUUCAUGCUGUCUGAAGACGGGAGUGGAAAGGGAGCUGCCUUAAUUACUGCUGUUGCAAAACGAGUGCAUAAUGUUGCUGAAAAUUAAGUGGUCAUGCAGGCAUCUGUGUGUAGCAGUGAUUUUUAAAAAAAUAUAUUGUUAAACCAACCGAAGCAGUAGUUCAAAAGUGGUGCACACUUCUGUGGCCCAGAGUUAGCCAAUGUUGUGGCCUUGAGAUGCUGUUGGAGUAAAACUCCCAUCGUUCCUGGCUGUUGGGACUUGUCAUUCAACAGUCUCUGGAAGGCACCAAAUUUAGCCACUCCUGUUUGUAUCCUGAUGAUUGGGCAGCUGUGCAAACAGAAAGCAGUUUUUCUUGCCAAAACUGAGGCAGGUGUUGGCGCAUCUGAACAUAGGUUUCCAUAAGUUGUCUUAUGUUUAGAGAUACAACAAUAUACUUGACAUUUCUGUGUUAUGCUCAUAAUAUAAAACAGCCAAGCCAUAUAAAUGUAACUAUUUUGUCAACUAUUUUAAACAUAUUUGUAUGUUCUACUGCUCCCUUUCCCAUCCAUGUCCUUUUGCAUUCACGUCUAAAUAUCCUUUGUAAUGUACAACUCAUAAUUUGGAAAUAGAUAUUAUGUCCUUGUAUAGGUAUCCUUGGAUAGGCAUGUGCCGAGAGCUGGCACUGUUGUUUUACUUUUUAUUGUUUCUUUUAGAAAAGGAAAUUAAAAAGGCUGAUGUGCAAAAGGUAAUCAAUCCAUGUUCUUUUUCAAACAAAUUGUUGUGUUUAAUGAGUUGCUCGCAGUUGGCGCUGCUUGGGAUGGAAAUCCAGGCCUUUGUAGAAGGAGAGAGGAGAGAUGGUGGGUCUGGACCAUUCCACUUGGUAAUCUGAAAAUAAUAAUCUACUGACUGCCCACAGCAAUAAGCAGUGUGGCUCAAAGACUUUUUAUGACCCCACUUUCCACUUUAAAAAUCAAGCUAAGGUGUUGGGCUUUGUGACUAGCUUUGGAGCAUAAGUCUGUGCACUUUAAAAAUUAGCCUGUGGGUAGGGAUGGGGGAGAGAUUUGAUUCAGUUUGCAUUUAAAAGUGAAUCUUAUCAAAUCUGCACUUUCCAAAAAAAUGUGAAUACUGGCACACAGCUAUCCUUCAAAAUUCACACCUAUCUGAAUUUUGAGAUGCAGUUCUCCAACCAGUACUUUGUAUUUUAAUAAGAGUCGCUGAAAGUUGUGAGUGAAACAACACACAAUACCACCUAAAGCAACAUAAACAUACUUAGACUAUGUCCAGAGUCUAAAAUGCACCACUAUUUUUUGUUCAUGAUAUUUUGUUUCAUACAGAAUUGCAGGAGUUGUAAGGGGCCACAAGGAUCAUCUAGUCCAACCCCCUGCAAUGCAGGAAUCUUUUGCCCAAUGAACUCAGGCUCCUGAGCUGCAAAGGGUACCAUCACCGCCUCCGCCAGUCACCUCAGGCAACUUGGGUUACAGUAGAUUCCUUCUUGAAAUGUGUCGGAAAUGUUGCCACUUAAAACAUUGCAAAUAUUCUUAAUGGAACUGCUUGAUGGGUGUUCAACCUGUCAAGAGGCAACCUGAAGUAUUUGUUUAAAAGGGCCCUGUUUCCUGCUGCUGUCAAUACAACAAGAACUAUUUCCAUUUUUUUUUAACGAAUGAGAAUGUGCUUAGGGAAACACCUAAGGUGUUUGCAAAUAGCACUGUCUUUUUGUAUGUGGGAAUCUGAUUUCAUAUAAUAAAUAUGGAAUAAAAGGAGGACCUUGUAUAAUUGUUAAUGACACGUAAUUCCUUUAACACUUUAGAAGAUGCUGCAACAAGCUACUUUCAAACAUAUUUUGGUUCAAUUUAUGGAAAUACGUUGCUGGAUUAAGCUUUGUAGGAGGUGUAUACAUUACCAAAUACCUAAAGCAAAGAAAGGAACGAGUGGACUUUAAAGAUUUUCUGUUCUGUACAGAUCCUGUUCUGUACAUAUUAUUUAUAAGAAAUAAAAAAGCACAUAGCUGGUGCAAAGUAAA